AUGAGCCCCAAAACCGUGAAAGCCUCAGGGAAAAAGGACACAAGCAGCAGCCGUGUGUUUGCCCAUUUUGCCUGCAACGUCGGCCAGCCCGAACGAGGGGACACGAACGCAAAGGAGGCAGGUCGGAGCCGCUGCCGUCGCCAUGACCCGCGGGACUCGGAGAUCAUGCAGCAAAAGCAGAAAAAGGCAAACGAGUUGCUUUGUGGCUUCGUGUCCAACCCUCUUGCCCUCCGCCUGUGUGCCUGGGGCAGUCCCACCAUGCUGGAGUUUCUUCCUGUAGUGCUCACAGGUCUCAGCACUUACGGCAUCCCCUUUGCCCUGAGUCUGCAGCGGAAAGGGAAGUGCUGUGAAAUCGCAGUCGAAACGAUCUAUGUAAUCACAGAGCAAACAGAACCAGGAACAGAAAAGCAACCGAAAAAAGAAAAGAAGGUCAAACACCCACCCUCCCCAAAGGUAGGUUGUGUAAGGCCCUCAAGGUUAGAGGUAACGCCUGAGCCAUGUCCACAAAAAGCACUAAAGGCCAGAAAGAUCCAGGCCUGGUGGCGAGGCACACUGGUGCGACGCACACUGCUCAAGGCUGCUGUCAGUGCGUGGGUCAUUCAGUGCUGGUGGAGAAGGAUACUGGCCCAAAAGCUGGAGAAGAGAAGGCUGGCAGCUCUUCACUGGAUGGCACUGGAAACAAGGGCCUGUGUCACCAUUCAGUCGUGGGUCCGAAUGCUGCAAGUCCGCCAGAAUUACUGCCGUCUGUGCUAUGCCACUCGCAUCAUCCAGAUGUCAUGGCGCUGGCAUAAGUGCCACACCCGUGGCUUCUUCCAGGGCAGCUAUGAGAUUAUAGGGGACCAGCUACGUCUUCAGCUUGACAUCUUUCUGGGAUCACAGGUGUGUCGUAUAUCAGACUGCAUAUCCUUGCCAAUAAAGAACUGA